CCCCGCACCAAGAGAAACAACUUUGUGAAAACUUCCGGUUGCUUGUAAUUUGCGGCCAGUCUAGGUUUUUUCCUUCCGUAACUUGUGGGGUAACAGUCGAUCGCUAGGGCCAGGUGGUGUUAAUAAUUGCAUCGAGAGAUUUUCCCGACGGACCUUGCGUCAGGAAUCCACCGAGAAGACAGAGCACCGCAACUGGGCGUUUCGUUACCGUUUCUCGAAUCUUCGGUAAAAGUUUUGAAGUCAAGAAGCACCCUUGUCUACUUUUCAAGUGAAAGGUAUCUCAGAUACCGGAAUAAAGACAAUGCAGUGUACCCUCCUAACCCUCAUGGUAGGGUUCCUUGCCUGUUUGACACGCCCCACCUGCAGCCAGCCGGCACUGGGUGAGAUCUACCGUCUUAAAGGCCUCCAAUCAGAUAUCUUAAUGGAUACCUUCCGGUUCAUUGAGGACCGCAUGUCGUCCAAUCACAGACGACUUGGUAGGAGGCUGAAUAGCAUUGACUCCAGCAUUAGAGGAAUGGAGACAACAUUCGGGAUUGAGAGUCCAGAAACAGAAGGGGAGGCGGAACCAGACGUGCCGGUGUUUCCAGUGAUACCUGACGAGGAGCCGAAUAACAUCGGAGGGCGCCCGGGCCUGAAGCCUGAUAUACCCGCACCAGAGCUUCCCCCUAUCGGCCAGAUCGCUCGUAGUUGCGAUGAAAUAUACCGGAUGGGUUUCAGGAAUGACAAUGAUUAUGUGAUCGACCCCGACGGUCCUGGACGUGGUACUGCGCCGGAAUUCAACGUGCGGUGCGAGUUGUCAAGGGGACAAGGUGUAACUAUAAUCGGUCAUAACUACGACGACGAGGCUGUGUCGGUGAGUGGCUAUGAACCUCCCGGUUCAUUCCAGCUUCAACUACGGUACAAUAACGCCAACUUCGAGCAGCUUGAGGCCCUUACCAAAGUCUCUCAAACCUGUGAGCAGUACAUCAAGAUCGUGUGCCUGUCUGCUGUUCUGUUCCGAGGCCAGGUGAAGAGCGAGCAGCGAGACUACGGUUGGUGGAUCGCGCGGGACGGUACCCGCAUGAUGAGCUGGGGUGGGGUGGAGUCGUCUACCGACAGCGGACAAUGUGCUUGCGAUCUUGACGACACGUGCGUGAACAAGAACUUCAAAUGCAACUGCGAUUCCAACAACAAGUUCCGGACGGAAGACUCCGGGUUCCUGACGGACAAGGAGUACCUCCCGGUCCGGAUGGUGUAUCUUGGAGACACUGGAGGCAGAAAGGAACAAUCUUGGUUGACUUUAGGGAAGUUUAUGUGUAAGGGAUAUGCGCCUGAAUAGAGGGGUCAACAUUGGUUGGGGGUUAUUUUGACUUCACAAAAGCUGGGCUAGAGUUCCAGGCAAGGGUGUUACAUCUUUUAGUUUUUUUACGUAAGUUUUGAUGUAAGUUAGUCAAAAUCAUGUCUCAUUUGACUAAUUAGUGUUGUUUUCACUAUUGUAUUUAACGAGUGUACUUAACAAAACACACUUUAUUUUGGGUGCAUUUUUAGAUUGUGUAUGCAUUUUAGGUUGUGUUGCCGUUUCUGAGUAAAACUUGACAGUUGACAAAAAACAGGGGUUAUUUUGAUAGUGAUAAUUCAAGCAAAAAAAAAACUUUCAUUGGGGACGCAUUUUAGAUUCCGUUCACAAGGUUCAUCAAAACAAUGGUUUCAGUUGGUCUAUUCUGACCUGUUGCAUUUUAAAUGCUUUUCGGGGUUGAACAGAGGAUUGACUAGAGUGGAAUUCGAACCAAUGACCUCCGGAUUAACGUGCCAGCGCUCUACCAACUGAGCUUUCUUGCCCUAUGUUGGCGG